AGCCCAGCCCUCGCCGCGCGGCACCGGCGGAGCCCCGGAGGCUCUGGGUGGCGGUGCCGGGAGCGGCAAUGGGGAGCGGCCGCGCUCCGAGCACCUCCCCGGGGCGGGGCCGCCGUGCGCGGGGCGCCCAGAGGCGGGGAUGGCGGGCACGGCGGCGGGGGAGCCUCGCGGCGGUGGAGCGGGGCGCCGGGCAGCGGCGGAACCAAGCGGCUCCCGCGGCCGGAGUGGCGGGAUGGGACGCGCCGCCGCCGCUUUGCCGGAGGAGCCGCGGGGCCGCAGCCGCUGCCGGUACCUGCGCACGGUCCGGGGCUGCUGCCAGCUGCUGGAGGCGCUGCUGGCCGCGCUGCUGCUGGGCUGCGCCGCCGUGUCCCUCGGCCCCCCCGGCGGCUACACGGGAGUGGCGGAGCUGGGGAGCAUCCACUACUAUCACUACGGCGGCGCCUACAGCGGCUUCGACGGCGCGGACGGGGAGCGGGCGCGGCGGCUGGACCAGAGCUUCCACCUGCAGAAGCUGCCGGUGGCCAGGGCGGCGGUGGCCGGGGCGGGGGCUCUCCUGGCCGUCCCGUGCCUCCUGAUCGCCGCCGGGGCGCUGCGGGUGCCGUGGCGCUUCCCUGCCUGGCUGCUCCUCGAAUGCGGCCUGGACGUGGCCAUCGCCGCCGGCCUCGUACCCGCCGUGUAUUAUUUCUUCCGCUGCCUUCUGGGGGUUUACGGCUCCUCCGUGUGCCAAGAGAGAGAGAGGCUUUAUGGAAGCAAGGGCUACCGGGGCUUCAGCUGCAGCCUGCACGGGGCAGAGAUCGCCGUGGGGCUCUGGGGCUGCCUCGCCGCCCUGGCGUACCUGCUGAGCGCAGGCCUUGCGCUCAGGGGCUUCCGAAUUGUCCGCAGCCUCAAACAGAAGCCGGAACAAUCCUACGAGCUUUAGAACGAUGCCAGCAGCGGUCACGGCUUCUGGCAGCCUCCAAAGCGAUGCGCUUCACCCUGGGCAGCAGGACGCGUACGGAGAGUAGAGGUCUAAAUCGGGUAGAGUCGGGCUGUUCCUGACCUGAAUCGGAGUUAUUGAAUUAUUAGUGGACACAAAGGUAGUGAAAUGGCUCAUCUUCAUAGAAUCAUAGACUAGUUUGGGUUGGAAGGGACGUUAAAGAUCAACCCCCCUGCCAUGGGCAGGGGCAUCCCACUGGCUCAGGCUGCCCAAGGCCCAUCCAACCUGGCCUUGAACACCUCCAGGGAUGGGGCAGCCACAACCUCUCUGUUCCAGGGCCUCAUCACUCUCACAGUGAAGAAAUUCUUCUUAAUAUCCAGUCUAAAUCUGCCCCUCUCCAGUUUAUACCCGUUCCCCCUCGUCCUAUCACCACAAGCCUUUAUGAAGAGCCCCUCUCCAGCUUUCU